CAAAAGCAGCGAAGAAGACGAGGAGUGGAGAUAGAAAGAGAGAAGAGAUGUUGUUUCAGGUGGGAGGGCAAGGUACGCGGCCGACAUUCUUCGAGAUGUCUGCCGCCCAGCAGCUGCCGUCAAGUGUACGCGCCGCCCUCACUUACUCACUCGGCGUAUUUGCUCUGAGAAGACCCUUCAUUCAUAAAAUCUUGGAUUAUGAAGACGAGUUUUUUGCUCUGCUUAUGCUAGUCCUUGAAACUCACAGUUUGCGCACUACAGAUGCUUCUUUCUCGGAAUCAUUAUAUGGCUUACGGCGAAGGGGUGCUAAGAUUAAAUUGAAAAAGAGCAACUUGCUUACAAAUUCAGCCGAUGAGGUCCGUCACACGGGCUUGCGUAAACGUCAAAAAGUGCUUUCGGUUGUAUUUCUGGUUGUUUUACCGUAUUUGAAGUCAAAACUCCAAUCCACCUACAACAGGGAAAGAGAAGCUAAUCUGCAGGCAAGUCUUUGGGGAGAUAGUGAUGAAAGGUUUGAUGGUGACUUUAUUAGUGCAGACAAUAAUUCCUUUGGGUCAAGGGACGUCUCAAAUAUUGAAGCAUCAGCUAGAGAUCGAUGCAUCAAGAGGGUGAGGAAGAUUGUUGGUGCUUGCUACCCUUGGCUGCAUGCUGGAAAUGAAGGAUUGUCUUUUGCCUAUCAACUAUUGUACUUGUUGGACGCCACUGGGUUCUACUCUCUGGGAUUACAUGCACUUGGCAUUCAUGUUUGUCGAGCUACUGGUCAAGAGCUGAUGGAUACUUCUUCCAGAAUUUCAAAAAUAAGAAGUCGUGAACGAGAGAGACUACGCGGCUCCCCUUGGCUAAAGGCACUACAAGGUGGUUUACUCACCUGUGCAUAUGCUGUUCUUGACUAUGCCCAGACUGGUUUGAUUGCAGCUGUAUUUUUCUUCAAAAUGAUGGAAUGGUGGUACCAGUCAGCUGAAGAAAGAAUGUCAGCCCCAACCAUAUAUCCUCCUCCUCCACCACCACCGCCUCCAAAGGUUGCGAAAGAGGGGAUUCCACUACCUCCAGAUAGGACACUGUGCCCGUUAUGUUUGCAGAAGCGUGCAAACCCAUCAGUAAUGGCUGUUUCAGGAUUCGUGUUUUGCUAUACCUGUGUAUUCAAAUAUACCAAUCAGUACAAACGCUGCCCGGUCACAUUGAUGCCCGCGUCAGUGGAUCAAAUCAGGAGGCUAUUUCAUGAUGUAUAACAGAUAUGCUUUUCCUUCACCAAUUGGACACAGCUGCAGCUAUUUAACAAUUCCAGUUCUACAAGUCGAGCCUUCAUGGCCACUGCACGUUCAUAUCGGACCUACACUGAAUGCAGAUAUCGGCUCUUAUCUUCACGGCUGCAGCAUUUACAGGAAGAUUGUGCUGAAAUCUUUCCUCCUAAACUAUUCUCUCCAAUCAAAGAUAUGUAUAAUGCCAUUUGCUUAGCUUUUGUAGCUUAAAUUUAAUCAAUUUUACAUUCUUGUUCAAUAAAAGUAAAAUUAUGGGCAGAAACUCUA